CUGCCGCAAGCUACGUAGGUGAGGGACAGGGACAGUCUUGACACGAGUCUUUCCCUCCUUAGUUAUCAGACAUCUCGCUUUAUAUUCGCGCAGAUGCUUCAGUGCCUCGAAUAAAAAAAUUCGCUUCAACUGAAAAGCGUGCUGCCCAACUUCCUCGGCCUUUCUUGAAAGGCAACUCAGAUAAAUACUUUCAUCUUCAUUUGUAUUCAAUCUUUCUUUCUUUUGUUGCUGGGUUCGUUGUUGAGUUUCAGAGGGGAUCAUAUACGAAGCAGUAAUAUUCAAGAGACUUCCUUCCUGGGACUUCUUGUGAUAGUGACAGAGGUGCUACAGAAAUGGAGCCUCUGGAGGGUUCUUCCUUGGGAGCUACCUCCUCUGAGGAAGAUGAUCCUUUUCCAUCAGGAAUAGAGAGGAGAAUCCCAAUAUGCAUUUUCUUUCGUAAUGCGAGACGCAUUUUGAAAUUUGAUGAACUUGGUCGAGAGAUAGCUCAAAUAGCAUUGCCUGCUGCCCUUGCUUUGACUGCCGACCCUAUUGCGUCUCUUGUUGACACAGCUUUCAUCGGUCAAAUCGGUCCUGUGGAACUAGCAGCUGUGGGUGUAUCGAUUGCGCUGUUCAAUCAAGUGUCGCGGAUCGCUAUAUUCCCACUCGUCAGUGUCACCACAUCCUUUGUUGCCGAGGAAGAGGCUAUCGGAAGUGUUGGCUCCGAAGUGCAGGAGAGCGAAUACUUGGAGGCAGGCUCUAUGGAAAAUGCCGAAAAUAAGGAGUUGAUACCCCAAAAUGGUAAUGCAUCAGUUGUCCCCAAUUGUCAACUUUUACACUUGAAAUCUGAUAAAAAAAUACAUUCGCAACUGUUAGAUUCUGAACAAUUGUUUUGCAAUCUAUAUUCUACGGUGGUAUCAUAUACAGAAUCGGGUGAUCAUCUGUCCGGGUCGACACAGAUCAGUAGCUUCGACAUAUCGAAGUUCAAACAGAUGCCCAGAAGAAGACACAUCCCAUCUGCUUCAUCUGCGUUGGUAAUUGGCAGCAUUCUCGGUCUUCUUCAAACCAUUUUUCUCAUAUCCGGAGCAAAACCGUUGCUGAAUUUCAUGGGAGUGAGAUCUGAUUCCCCGAUGCUAACUCCUGCACAACAGUACUUGACAUUGAGGUCACUUGGUGCACCAGCAGUCCUCCUCUCACUCGCCAUGCAGGGGGUCUUCCGCGGAUUUAAAGAUACGAAAACGCCUUUGUAUGCAACUGUGGUGGGAGAUGUAACGAACAUAAUCUUAGACCCCGUAUUCAUGUUUGUUUUCCAUAUGGGCGUCAGCGGUGCGGCUAUUGCUCAUGUUAUAUCUCAGUACGUGAUUUCUCUUAUUCUGUUGUGGAGACUGAUGCAGCAAAUUCAUCUCUUACCUCCGAGUAUCAAACAUUUGCAGUUUGGCCGUUUUCUAAAGAAUGGUUUUCUGCUAUUAAUGAGGGUUGUUGCCGUGACGUUCUGUGUGACUCUUGCCGCAUCAAUGGCGGCUCGCUUGGGGCCGACAUCGAUGGCUGCAUUUCAAGUCUGCUUGCAAGUGUGGUUGACUACGUCGCUCCUCGCUGAUGGGCUUGCUGUCGCUGGACAGGCAAUCCUGGCAAGUGCAUUUGCAAAGAAGGAUUACAACAAGGCCACAGAAACUGCGUCCCGAGUACUGCAGUUGGGACUGCUUCUGGGACUGGCGCUAGCGGUCCUUCUCGGAGUCGGAAUGCAUUUCGGAGCGAGAUUAUUUACAAGGGAUGUUAGCGUCCUCCACGUAAUCAGUAUCGGAAUACCCUUUGUUGCCGCUACUCAACCCAUAAAUGCCUUGGCCUUUGUUUUCGACGGCAUCAACUUUGGAGCGUCUGAUUUUGCAUACUCUGCCUACUCCAUGGUUGCGGUCGCGGCAGUCAGCAUUCUCUGCUUGUCUAUACUUUCGUCCAGUCACGGGUUCAUUGGAAUCUGGAUUGCUCUAACCAUUUAUAUGAGCCUCCGGGCAUUCGCCGGAUUUUGGAGGAUCGGGACUGGGAAAGGUCCCUGGAAUUUUCUCUGGAGCUGAACAAGUACGCAUUACACACUCAGGAAAGUCCGGCGGACAAAUCGAUCCGAAAUCCACUGGUGGCUUCGCUGAAAAUUCAUGUCGCCGCAUUGUGACAGUCCCUAUCUGUACAACUAAAUAGAAAUAGAAAGGAGAGAGACGAAAAGGGUCGGCUUCAUCUCACAUUGGCUAGUGAGGAAGACGGAGAGCCUAUCGAAAACAAUAAUCUGAAAGCGAAGUUAUGUGUAUAGAUUUAUGUGCGCAGCGCUGUUAGUUAUUAGCCUUAUUUCUGGAGGGAGCAUCAUGUGCGUGUGAGAUUUGGUAAGAACCCAAAUGACAGCAUGUCCAAUCUCUGCAUUGGGUGUGAAAUAGCUCCAGCUUCAAAGGCUAUUAGGUUUUGCCCAUGAUUCUUCUGCUCAAA